AUGGCAGCCCGGCUCUUCAUAACCAACAUGGCAGACCGGCUCUUCAUAAUCGACAUGGCAGACCGGCUCUUCAUAAUAAACAUGGCAGAUUGGCUCUUCAUAAUCGACAUGGCAGCCCGGCUCUUCAUAAUCAACAUGGCAGCCCGGCUCUUCAUAAUCAACAUGGCAGGCCGGCUCCUCAUAAUCAACAUGGCAGACCGGCUCCUCAUAAUCAACAUGGCAGCCCAGCUCUUCAUAAUCAACAUGGCAGCCCGGCUCUUCAUAAUCAACAUGGCAGACCGGCUCUUCAUAAUCAACAUGGCAGACCGGCUCUUCAUAAUCAACAUGGCAGCCCGGCUCUUCAUAACCAACAUGACAUCACCUCACACUCCGCAUGGCUGAUAUCGCGUGGUCACGAUGUUUUCCCAUGUGAUGAUAAUAAUCAUAAUACUAGAAAUUUUCGAAAAUAAUCAAAAUCGAAAUUUGCUAUUUUUGAUGACGUGCUACUACUUUGGAAUACAAUCUUGCCUCGUUGGACAAGCUCUGCAUUACAUUCCUCGUAUCCUGUAUUUGUCAAAUUCUUCAUAUUAAUUUUUUUUUGUUUUACUCAGGUUACUUAUAUUGCUACUAUACUUUAUUCUUUGUAUUCCUUAUUUCAUGCACUCCUUCUAUUAUGUUCCUUGUUCUCGUUCAUCCAGGACCAAUAUUUAAGUGAAAGAGUUAUACUCAUUAGUUGAAAAUAGUCAGUUCAUCAUUAGUUAUCCCGUUAUCAUUUGUUGAUGAUGCAUGUCAUCUCUAAUUUUCUGAUGAUACGCGGCCAGUCGUGAAUCUUUUUGAACGAAUUCUAUUUCGUUCUUUUGAAUGAAUUUCUAUAUUUCUGGCCAGUUCUUUAAUCGUUUCAUUGGAGGACGGCGAGUUAAGUGCAGUGGCAGCUUGUGCCUCAUUAACGGUAGUAGAAACAUUCCAGAGCCUUCGUACUCCCCAUUCUGGAGUACUGCUGCCAGCUUUGGGCGCCACUUUUAGCGGGUGCGGCCAUUCUUACUUGAACUGUGGCUGUCAAGAGGGGAAGCAUCGACGUUCAUCCUGGAAUGGGGGCUAAUAUUUUUGUAGACUUAUUAUUACAUUCAUGUUUGGAAAUUGUCCUG